CGACCUGGCUGUGAGAUCUACGCACAAGAAAGUCACUUAUAGAAAGCAUCAAUUAAGCUUAUAACAUAAUGUCGGGCUAUCCACAGCCACCGCCGAUACCUCCCCGAUACGGCAAUGCAUCUGGUCCCCCUCAAUCCCCUCCUCGAGUCCCUCCUAGGCAGACAGGCGACCAGCCAGUGCAAAAUAAUGCCCAAUACUCAUACGGAGGCAUGAUUCCACAGCAGCAAACCCCGUAUGGAUAUCAAGCUCCACCUAUCUCGGAACCAUCAUCGUAUUCAGCUACUACUGCAUCGGCGCCAUAUUACCCGCCUCCUCCAGGCGCACCACCGUCUAGGCAGUCGAGCUAUCCGCUUGGUCCAGCAACGACAAAUCCUAGCGUGGUCUCGGCAGCAUCUACUCAGAUACCAUCUCAGUCCUAUCCUCCUCCUCCUAUUCCCCGCCGCCCAGUUCCACAGAGUCCAUCUAGUUACUCCCAGCACCCCCCAUAUAAUCCAGCUCAAAGUGCACAAACUCAAGCUUCACAUCCAUAUUUUCCACCUCCUCCUAUCACCUAUUACAAUAGCCCUUCUGGCAGUGUUGCGACCGCUCCAAACACAUCCGGCCCUCCAUCAGUUACACCUCUCCAGAGCUCAACAUACCAAGACACGAGCUAUACGUCUAAUGAACAAUACAGCGGGCCUAGCUCUUUACCACAGUCGCCAGUAUCAGGAGAAUAUAUGCCACACGGAAAUCCAUAUUUACCAUCUCAGCAGCAAAUAGCGAAUACACCUUCAUCUCCUCCUCCUUUGCCGCUGUCAACUCGUCCUCCGGUUGGAAGCACCACUACCAUCUAUUACGCUCCCCCUCCUCCGCCUCGUCCGACUACGGACCCAGCAACUCAAGGACAGCGAUCUACAGCAUCAUCGCAAAAUGCGCAUCAAUCAUCGUUACUGUCGUCUGAGCCGCAAACUAUCCAAGAGCAGGAUCCACCGAGGUCCGCUGUAGCUCUCAAUUCUCAGCAUGCAGCUUUGACAUACAGUCCUCCUCCGAAUUCAGCUGCAUUGCCCGAAGCACAUGAAUCUCAUGUCCUUCCUCAAGCAUACCAACCGCGGCCUACUCAAGCCUCAUCAGCUCAAAACACAAAUGAUAUCAGCCCAGAAGAAAUCCAGCGGUCAACUACAGCGUCAUCUGCAGACCCCAUGGCUAGUCUUUCCACGCAAAUGGUUAACCUCAGCAUGAGUCCCCUGGGAGAUAGUUCAGGGUCACAGCCCUAUGUAAGGCAGUUGGAUGAAAAUGCACCGCGGCCUCCACCGCAUAUCCGUGCUGCAGGGCCGCCCCUGGAAGUUAUUACUUUUUGUCCAGAAACAAGGAUGUUAGAUUAUUCACUUUACUGGUAUCAUUUACCUGACAUGCCGGAUUUCCUGAUAUGCACAAAAUGCCACGCUGAUCAUAUCAAAUCUACCCAGCUGGCAAGCCAGUUUGAGAAGAUAAAGCGGCCUGAUAACUAUUACUCUUCCUGUUCUUUCUGGAUUCCUCGAGUAAAGGAAGUUAUGUGGCCUCAGGCUGUUCGUACAGGCAACAUCGACGCGUUGCGACUGUUCAUGAACAAGCGUGGCAGUAUAAAGGCAUGCAAAGGGGCAAAUCCAACGGCGGCCACAGAACAAAUUAAAUGGUAUGGAAUGUCCAAUAGCGAAAUUAACGGGUUCAUCGCAUGCGAAGCUUGCUACGAGGAUCGCAUAGUAGGUACGUCGUUUGAGAGCAAGUUCUCUCUAUAUCGCCAGCAGCCUGCCAAUGAGAACUGGUCCUGUGAUGUUGCUGUGCAAUACAUCUCCCGAGCCGUUGUUAAACUGGCUCAGCAGAAUGACUGGGUCGGAUUUGUUGCCAGAGCUACUCGCCGCCUCUCCUUACCUAAGUGUGAAGGGAAAGACAUACAGUCAAAUUCUUGUACCUGGUACAUACCACGGCGCAAGAUCCAGAAUAUGCAGGCUUGUGAGGCUUGCUACAUGGACAGAGUUGUUCUCACGCGGUUUGAAAGAGAAUUCGAAGCAUAUAGCAUGAACACGGAUUUGGAUUCUUUUAUCCAUCAUUUUACUCAAUUAUGGGCCUGCAAACUACACGAAACUAACCUCCCCUUGGUGUGGGCUAUGGAAAAUGCAAUUGAACAGCGCGAUUGGUCUGUGUUUAGUAGCUCGGCAGAAGUCGCGUGUCGACUCCCCCCUUGUACGGCAAACGGGAUCAUUCGCGGCAACUGGUGGACAAUCCAAGGAGGGUGUGACAACUUUGAUGUUUGUGAGAGCUGUUAUACGUCCAUUCUAAGAACGAGUGGAGUCGGCCACUUCUUCGAGCCUGCACGACGCAAUCCCGAGGCCACUUUAGUCUGCGAUUUUUGCGUGUCGAGCCCUCGAUUCCGGCAAUAUUUAAGAAUGUAUGCCAAAUCGAUGGAUCAAGGAGUUUUCAGUUACUACCUGGACUACGUCCGGACGUUUGCUUCGAUUCCUGUCUGCCCUGUGCUCAAAACAGUCGAGAAGACAACUUGGUGGGGUUAUCCCGGCGCUUUGUUCUGUCAGGAUUGCUAUUUGAGUUUUGUUAUCGACACUAAACUUGGCAGUUCGGUGCCCAUAAAGAAAGGAUUUGAUGAGCGCCCUCAAAUUUGUCAGAUCUGGUCGUCUCGCAUGCGCACAAUGUGGCUGCAAGCGUGUGACGCUGGUGCCCCAGGCUCUCCCGAAUCGGAUGCCAAGGUGGCAGAAUUCACCGAAUUUGCAAAUAACCGGCUGAAAAUUUAUACUCAAACAAUUCCUCUGAUGGAUUUAAUCCGCUCAAUGAAGCAAGCGAAAAUGCAAGCCGCGAUGACUCAGGGCCUGGUGAGUGUCAUGUACACGGGUAUGGAUGGAUUAUUGUCUGUAUCUGGCGCCACAGAUGGGCAUCUUCAUGGAAGUAGUCAGCUAGGCUGGUAUGACACAGCCCAAGGCGCACAGGGAGCGCAAGCGUUCCAGAAUAUGCAAGCUGGUUUCGCAAAUGCAAACCGGGCAGAUGAGUGGAUGCAAAUGUUCCAACUUGAGCAGAUAUGGAAACAGGUUGAGUAGGGCAGACGCAUGUAUGUAACGACCAAUAUUAUAGACAUAGCUGGCGUAUUAAUACCUGCUAAGACCCCAAACAAUGUAGCAGAUUAUUAGUCUCCCAUUCUAGCGUUCGC